AUGCGUGAAGACAAGUUAAAGAGUGCUGAUUUGUUUAGUAUGUAUCAAAAAUCACUUUUUGAUGGACUGAAAUCAUUGCACACGCUAGAAUUAACAGGAAAUUUUCUAGAAAGCUUACAACCAGGUACUUUCAACCCACUUGUGAAACUCAGACAAUUGUAUUUGUCUAAGUGUUCUAUCAAGGUAUUAAAUCCCAGAAUCUUUAGCAGUCUCGCUUUCCUAUCAAGCCUGUAUCUUGACCAGAAUGAAAUCACGAAGAUCCCCGAGGAUCUGCUUCACAGGCAGCAUCACCUGACUAUCCUGUACAUCAGCAACAACAAAUUGGACUCGAUUCCUAUGACACUGUUCAACGAAACUCCUUUCCUGCACAGGCUUCAUAUGGAUGGAAACCAGAUUUCCACAAUAACACCUUACACCAUGUUUCCAAGAAAUGGUACAAUGACACUAGAUGCGUCUCGAAACCCCUUUUCCUGCACAUGUGACCUUAGUUGGUUUGUGCAAUGGAUCCGUUCUAGCAACGUUGAUAUCAUUCAUCCUAAUGACACACUUUGUUCACUCGCUUCAUUCGAAGAAGAAGUGCAUUCACCUAUCAUGACAUUCCAUCCCGAGCAGUACUGUGGCAUCAACAUUUUGGCUGCCACAUGUGUACCCUUGGCAGUUGUUCUGCUUGCAGUGAUAUGCUUCAUGGCUUACCGAUAUAAAUGGUGGCUCAACUACAAGAUCUUCCUCUUAAAGCUAGCAAUCCGUGGUUACGAGGAAAUCAACCAUGACUUUGAUGCACAGGAAUAUGAGUACCAGCUAAACAUUAUGUACAUUGAAGAUGAUGAGGGGUGGGUGAACGAGGUCAUGAAGCCGGUCCUGCAGGAGAGGUUUCCACAUCUGCAAAAAGUGGUUUGGGGUGACAACAACCUCAACAUCUCGAUGUUCUACAUCAACGCUCUUCAUUAUGCAACUGACAACAGCUUCAAGACUGUCCUGUUGAUUAGUUACAACUCGGUGGAUGAUGCCUGGUUCCUGACCAAGCUGCGCAUAGCCCUAGAGCACCUCAAUGACACCAGACUGGAAAAGGUCAUACUUAUUUUCCUUGAGGACAUCGAGGAUGAUGACCUUCCGUACCUGGUACGGUUGUUCCUGAGUAAGAACAAACCUUACAUGCUUUGGACCGAGGACAAAGAUGGCCAGGAACUUUUCUGGGCCCAAUUUGAAAAGAGCAUGAGGACAAACAAGGCAUUCAAUAAUGUUAUUCCCAUUUAA